ACAAAAAACCAACACGUCUGUGUGUGUGUGUGCUUACUUUAAGGUUCUUUGUGAGCAAAAUAAUAAUAAUAAUAAUAACAGUUUACAGAUUUAAAUAUAUUAGAAAUCGCUAAAUAUGAUGAAACGAUCGUCAACAUAUAAGAUGAUACAGUGUUUUUAUAGUGAGAUUGUGCCGGUUGCUAGCUGCUAAGCUAACUAAACUAGUCUGAAAACGUGAAUUCUUCUGUUGUUCACUUCUAGUGUCCGCUUUAGAAAAAGAUGAAGUGUCACUAUGAAGUGUUGAGCGUGAAACGGGACGCUGGAGAUGAUGAUCUGAAGAAAGCUUAUAGGAAAUUGGCUUUGAAAUGGCAUCCAGACAAAAACUUGGAAAACGCGGAGGAGGCCGCGGAGCAGUUUAAGCUGAUCCAAGCAGCUUAUGAUGUCCUGAGCGAUCCGCAGGAGAGAGCCUGGUACGACAAUCACCGAGAGGCUCUGCUGAAAGGAGGGCUGAGUGGGGAUUAUGAAGACGACAGCGUCGACCUGCUGCAGUACUUCACAGUCACCUGUUACUCCGGAUACGGCGAUGACGAGAAGGGCUUUUACACAGUUUACAGGAAUCUUUUUGAGUCCAUUGUUAAGGAGGAGAUGGAGCACCGCAGGAUGGACGACGAGGAAGAGGAAGAGGAGUUUCCUCCCUUUGGAGACUCGCAGAGUGAUUAUGAUAUGGUAGUGCACGAGUUUUACGCCCACUGGCAGAGCUUUUGCACUCGCAAAAACUUUGCUUGGAAGGAGGAAUAUGACACGAGGCAAGCCUCCAACCGCUGGGAGAAGAGGGCCAUGGAGAAGGAGAACAAGAAGACCAGGGACAAAGCUCGGAAAGAGCGCAACGAGCUCGUGCGCCAGCUGGUGGCGUUCGUCCGCAAGCGCGACCGCCGCGUGCAGGCCCACAGGAAGCUGGUGGAGGAGCAGAACGCCGAGAAGGUCAGGAAGAUCGAGGAGACGAGGCGGCAGCAGAAGCUGAAACAGGCCAAGCUGGCAGAGGAGUACCAGGAGCAGAGCUGGGCAGCCAUGUCUGAACUGGAGAAGGAGCUGCAGCAGAUCGAAGCGCAGUACGGGAAAGAGUUCGGAGACGCCUCUGAAAGUGAGGAAGACGAGCUGCAAAUAGACACGCAGGAGAGAAACGAUGAAGAUGGAGGAGUAUGAAAAACCAUGAAAAGUCCAAAAAGCACCGAGAGAUGGUGGUGUUGCUACGGCAACAGCUGGAGGAAGAGGAGGACUCUCUUGGCUUGAGCGCGGAUGGAAAGGAGGAUGGAGAGAAUGAAAAUGAACGGUUGGAGGAAGGAGAAGAAGAAGAGGAGGAGGAAGAAAAGCCGAAGCAAAAGUUGUCAAAAAAGCAAAAACGGAAAAAGAAGCAGUUAAAAGUAGUACAACCAAGUACUGCUGAGGAGGAAGAGGAGCACAAACCAACACAAACCACCUGCGAAGAAGACGAUCUUUCUGCAAAGUCUGAAAACCCCACAGGACCUGAGAUGCAGGAAGAUCUUCCUCCUGCAGAAGUCAAAAGCAGCUCCGGGAAAACGAAAAGCAAAAAGGGAGGAGGAAAAGACAAAUCAAAGAACAUCAAGUCACACACUGAACAGUUUCCUGAGAAGGAAGUGAGCCUCCUGUGCGUUACCUGCAACAACGAGUUCCCCACAAGGAACAAACUGUUUGACCAUCUGAAGACCAGCGGCCAUGCCACCGCACUCCCAGCCAGCGCUCCUCACAGCUCCAUCAGCAGAAGCAAAAAGGAAAAGAAGAAGAACAGAUAACGCACAUUGUUUCCCUGUGCUGGAGGAGUCUGACUCAGCAGGAACACAGAAAGCAUCAACCUGAAGAGUCUCGGGAGAUCUCUUAAAAAGAAAAGCUUUCUAAACCAGACUGAACGGUGAUGGCUUUAGAAAGUGUAAAACCACGUCCAGCGAGGUUGAGUCAUCCAGACUAAAAUGUGUGCAACCAGGAAUCCUACACAGCCUCAUUAGUCCCCCUCUCUGUUUCAUUUCUGUAGAGGCUUUGGUAAUGAAGGUGACGCCGUUCGUUGCUGUUGAUGAUAUUCAUACAACCCUGAAAUAAUCUGCUUAAACAAUUGGAAUCUUCAAACAAAGAGGACUUUAAUUAGUCCACCUAUGUGCUGUUUCAUUGGUGACGCAGUAAAACUAAACGCCGACGUAAAGACAGUUUGUUUUUGUCAAACAUCUGUUUCAUCAUGUGUGAUGUGUGAACUGCAAAUUGUUGCUUUAUUCAUAAAACUUCAGUUUUGCUCUUAAAAACCUGCUGUACGCUCAUUGUGUUGAGGAAGUGUGUCAGUGGAAAACGGGGUUGGGGGUGCUGAACACCCUUAUUGGAAGGAUUUGACAGAUACAUUGUUGGUUUUGUUGGAAGGUUGAACGGUAGUGUUUCAGAAUGAACCCCAUUCAAGAUCGCUGCCAUAGCAAAACACAAAAACCGGUCAAAUUCAGUCAAUGCAUUUACAGAUACUGAGCUGAAAACCAGUGCGGUAGUAGCUGAGAGUCAUUCUCAACAUGCACUGAGAGUUGGGGACCAAAACGGCCACAGCUGUCAUUUCUCAACAUAGGAUGAUCUUGGACUAAAACUCGGCGAGUGACAGACAGGAUGUUCGCUACCAGUCCAUGUAGCUGUCAACAUUUUUGUUUAAAAAGUGAUGCGAAGAAGUUUACAUCUUCCUCUGUAAAUGAAAGAAGGGAAAGGUCUCGACAGAAGAGAAAAUCAGGAUGGGGGGGGGGAUUACAGAGUGCAGCGAGUAAUCAAAGCAGCGUACUUACCCAGAAACGCUGCCUUAUUCUGUAUCAGGAAGUCAGAACAGGACACCUGAGGGGCCUGUCUGAAUGGUGAAUAGAAAAAUGUACAAGAACCAUAAGUUGUUUUGAGUUUUGUUUUUUUGUUUUUUACAAAGUAAGUUGAUCACAAACCAGUUAAUUCAAAGUUAAUACCUGCUGAUUCUGUCCUCAUUUUGACAAAAGCUUUAAUUUUUGAAGACAUGAAUAACUUGAUGAAUAAAACUAUCAUACCUUGAA